AGUUAAUGCCCAGCUUUUGGUAAUAUUUCACAGUUCGCUGUCAUUGUGUGAUCAUAGAAAUUAUUUUAUAAAUUUUAAAAGGGCACAACAUGACUUUUACCUUGUGGAAUUUAUUCGAAGCUUCCUUACUGUGCUUGAAUGCUGUAUGCAUCCUGCAUGAAGAGCGCUUCCUGGUGAAAAUUGGAUGGAGUGCCAAAUCACCGACUCAGGGUUUUGGUGAACCACCUACAGCAAAGGCACAGAUAUUAAAUUUAAUUCAUUCCAUUCGAACUGUUGCUCGGAUUCCUCUGAUAUUGUUAAACAUAUUAACAAUUAUAUUUAAAUUACUACUUGGCUAACACUUUAUAUUGGCAUAAGUUUUCUGUUGGUCAAUGAAAUUCAAUAUUUUAUAAAUAAAACUUAAUUUAUAGAAAAAUAAUGAAAGAUGCAUUUGAAGAACAAUUGGUUUAUAUUACGGAGUGUGUUAAAUUUAGUUUAGAAUAUCUUUAUGAAGUUUUUGCGGAUGUAUUUCUUGAAACUUAAAAAUAAUUUAACUAUUAGCUAGCAGAUGUCACUCAAGACCUACUUUGGCUAUUUUAUUAAUUUCUCUAUACCUAUAUGAUUUGCUCUAUAACUCUUAGAUUUUUAUUUCAAGUUUUGUGUCUUGUAUGUUAUUUAUUUUUAUUUGCAAAAUAUAAUUGCAAAGCAAUUACUUUUUA